GGAGGGGAAGGGCCGCAGAAAUGUCAGACUACUGCACUUGACGCAAGAUGGAUUCUUUCUUUGAUUCAUUACCUAGGCUACAUAUCGUUGGAAAUACUUUUAAUUAGCUGUCUUCUGUAGUGUUUCACAGCGCUCGUAACACAAUAAUGGACUCGAACAUUAUGGAGAUAAUAGAGGAAUUCAUGGAAAGUGCUUUGGCGCAAUGGGUUCAGCUGUUUGAGAAGAUGGUAGAUGGGGACGAUGGCAUCCCACUCUACAGCCAGUAUAUGGAAGUGAACUCAACUCCUCAGAGUAUCCGGGCUCGCUACCUGAGGCUGACCAAUGGGAUUUUUCUCAAUGAGGUCAUGAGAUUAAUAGACCCAAACCCCAAGGUGGAGCGGCUGUACGACAGCGAGAGAGAUGACCACAUGCUGAGAGUCCAGAACUUUUCCAUUUUAAAUCGACACCUCAGAGCCUUUUACCAGGAAGACCUCCAGCAGCUGAUACUGAUGCCUCUCCCAAAUGUUGCCAUUCUGGGGCAGGACCCUCUUACAGAGGCUGCUGUGGAGGAGCUCAGGCGACUGCUGCUGCUAAUACUAGGAUGUGCUGUGCAGUGUGAGAGGAAGGAGACGUUCAUUCAGCAGAUCCAGUCUCUGGAUAUUGAGACCCAGGCAGCCAUUGCAAGCUGUAUUCAGCAGGUGACUCAGGAUCCUCGCAUGGUGCUGCCACUUCAGUGGGAGGAGCUGGUGGAGGUGGAAGGUGCAGACUUAAAGCUGGUGUUCAGCUCUAUGGCCAAACAGAUCCAAAGCCUGCUGGCACAGAGAGACACUCACCUGGAGAGGAUAGCAGAGCUGUGUCGCGAGCGGGACACCCAUGCUGACACAACCACAAUGCCUCUGGGUGGUCUCACUGAGGAGCCACCCCAAGGUCUGGCACUCCAGCUGGCAGACAGCAAGGCCAAACUCCGUCGCCUUAAACAACAACUGCAUGAUAAAGGUGAUCAAAUACUGGAUUACAAGCAGGAAAUACAAACCAUGGAGGGAGAGCUCAAUAAACUUCAGAAAGAGAACCGUACUCUGCAGGGUGAGGUGAGGGGCAUGCGUGCACUGCGGGAUGAGUUGGACUGUACCCGAGAGCGAGCUGCACGAGCUGAGCAGCUCCAGACUGAGCUUCAGAGUUGUAAACACAGAUUGCGCAGCCUGGAGCUCACACGCACUCAGCUGAAGGAGCAAGAGCAGCUGUGUGUAGCUCUGCAGGAGACCAAAACUCUCCUGGAAGAACAGCUGGCUGACGCUCGGGCGCGCUGCUCCUCGCUAAGGGAGCUGGAGAGGGACAACCUUCUACUGCGUCACAAAAUCAUGGAUGUGGAAGCAGAACGGGACACUGAGAGGCAGCGAGUUGAUGAGCUGUUGGAGAUGAACAUGAGCCUCGAGGCGGACCUAAGGCGCAGCAGCGGUGGCAGUGUUGCCGCUUCGGUUGCUGCUGCUCAUCAACGUUUCCUCCAAUCAGAACUGGACUCUGAGGAGGAGCUGAGCGACCUGAUUGAUCAGAAGCCACUAAGCGUGGAAGUGGGCGAGGCUUCGACGCUGAGGCUGCUUGGGGCAGAACAGGAGAACGCAGAGCUAAGGAGACGACUGGAGGAGCUGCAGGCCCAACAGGAGGUGGAUUUGCCAGAUGCAAAGGGUGAGCUGGCUUGCCUGGAGAUGGAGCAUCAGAACACAGUCAGAGAGUUCCAAAACCUGAAGAAUGAAAAUGCCACUUUGAAGCAACACCUGGAAGAGCUGGUUACCAAACUGCAACACGAAGAAAACAAGGGGAAAGAGGAAGGAGAGAGGAUGCCAGACAGUGAGGAGGACAAGGGGGAAAGAGGAGUCCAGGGCUCUGAAUUCUGCAGGGGAGAGGGGGAAGGAAGGGUGAGGAUGAUGGAGGAGAGGGAGAAAGGAGGAGAAAUUAUUGGGACACAGAGGGAAGCGGGAGUUGGUGAAGAGGUUCUCCACAUUCAAGGGGGAAAAGGAGUAACAUGUAAUAAGGAGAUCAAGCCCAAAUCGAGAGGAGAGGCAGAGGGAGGGCAGAAAGACAGAGAGAAACAGGAGAAAGAAAGUGAGAUAAAGAAAGAACAGACUGCAACAACAACAACAACAACAAGCUCUGAGAUCCAAACUCACCCAAAAAACAGCAAGGAUAGUACAGAGGCCACAUCUGCAGACCAUGCUGUAUGUUCCUCGUCUGGUGCUAACGUGGAGGUUCUGACAAACCAGCUCCAGGAGGCACAGGAGGAGGCUGACAGGCUGGCAACUGUGGCCCAGGACCUGCGCUCCAAGCUGGUGGAGCAGAGCAGGAAAAGCUGGGAGGCUGAGCAGAGGCUGGUGGUCAUUGAGGCCGAGCUCCAGCACCUGAAGAAAGCUGCUGAGAGUCUGGGAGAGGCCCGCAGGCAGAUAGAGGUUCUUCAGUCAGAGGGUCUAGCCCUGGAGGAGGAACUGUCCCGCCUCCGGAGCCAAGCGGGGCUUCACAGGAUGCAGACCACAGUGAUCGCCACCCUGGAAGGAGAGCGGGCUACACUGGAAAGAGACAGGGACACGCUGCGCAGCACUGUGGAUGCCCUGCGCACCGCCCAGCGCAAGGGUGACCAGUUAGAGCUCACCACUCAGACUCUCAAGUUGGAGCUGGAACGUCAGGGGCGGAGUUUGGAGACUUCUCGUCGUCGGGAAGUGGAGCUGGAGGCAGAGCUCCGCGAGGCGACUCUGGAGGUCGAAUCUCUGGCCCGGGCACGUGACCAGGCGCUGCUGGAGGCAUCGCGGCUGGAGCAGGAGAAGGAGGUGUGUCAGUCGGAGCUGAACGUCCAACGUAAGGAGGGGAGGCAGAGGGAAAGGGAGAUAGCAAGGCUGAGGCAGCAACUGGAGAGCACGACCCUGGCCCUGGAGCACAGCAACCAAAGAGCUCGGGCUCUGGACGCAGAACACAGACAUGUGUGUCAGCAGCUGUCAGAGUCCAAGGAGCUCUGCACUCAGCUGCAGGACCUGGAGAGAGAGCUCAGCACUCGAGUAACCAGUAUGGAGGAGGGUAAACAGCAGCUGCAGGAGCAGUACACAGAUGCUCAGGCCAAGAUUAGCUCACUGUCCCAGGACCUGUCUAAUGAGCAGGCACAUUCGCGGGAACUGUCCACUGAAGUUGAACAUCUGAGCAAGAAGCUACAAAAAGCUGAGGCAGAAAUAAAGACAGUCACCAAUUCCCUCAAGCAAUCACAGGAGAGAAUAGAGUCACUCUCUCAGUGCCUUAAGAAAAGUCAAUCUCCUCUCCAGUUGGAAAAGAGAAGAGGAAGCGCAGAGGUGGACACUACAUCUAAUUCAAAUUUAGACUCGAACAAAACACACGUUUGUCAGGCACACACCCAGGAGACGUCACCCCUGGAUCAAUCCCCUGAAGCUGGCAAAGGUUAUGACCUUUCCGUGACCCAUGAUUAUGCCACAGGAGAGACAGAGAGGCAUCUGAGUGAGAGGCUGAUAGAACUGGAAAAAGAGAAAGCAGUGGCGGGUUUUGGGGGGGGGGCUUUGCAGUCACGGUUGUCCCAGUCCCAGGAGGCAUGCGAGCACCUUAAGGAGCAGCUGGAGGCUCUGCGCCGGCACUGCCUCAGCCUGCAGGACUCCUGCACCAGUCUACAGACACUCAACACCCAGUUACAGGUGGAGCAAGCUUCCCUGAGUUCCCAGCAUGCAGCAGUGCUGACGCGCUGCAGCGAGAGCGAGGCACGGUGUGCAGGUCUGGAAGCUGAGUCCAAGGUGUGGGCGCGGGAGCGAGAGGAGUCGGUGGCCAGGAUGGAGGCUCUGAGGCGGGACCAUGAGCGGAUGAUGGUGCUGCAGCAGCGUCAGGAGGUGGAGCUGGAGGAGCUGCUGGACAAACACUCUCAACUAAGGAACAACAACCGCAGUCUGGAGGCCCAGCACAGGGAGCUGGAGGCCAGGUACAAGGAGCUCCUGGAUGGUAAAACCCAGCUGGAGGAGAGAGAGCUUGAGAUAAAGAUGGAGAGAGCGCAGAUGAACGCAGAAGUGCAGAGGAGACUGGAGAGAGAACGAGAGCUGGAAAGACUGAAAGACGACAAUGAGAGGCUGCAGGCCCAACAGAAGGAGUGGCUGGCACUGCAGGCGGAGCUGCUGGCUCAAGGCUCAGUGCUGAAGGGGGAGCUGAACGCCUCCCAGCUGGAGCGGACUCGACUGGAGGGGGAUCUCAGCACCCUGAGGGAAACCAACCAGAACCUGGACCUCAGCAAUGCCCGCCUCACCAGCCAGUACCAGCUGCUGACCCAGCUGAAGGGGAACAUGGAGGAGGAAAACCGUCAUUUAGCGGAGCAGAACCAGAGUUUGCUGAAGGAGAACCGGGCCCUACUGGAGCAGAGCCUGGAGCGCCGUGACCAGCACUAUUCACAGCAGCGGGAGUACCAGGAGAAGUUGAGUGAGCUCCGCCGAGAGAAGCAGAAGUUGGUGGAGAAGAUUAUGGAUCAGUACAGAGUCCUCGAGCCCAGCAUGCAGCCUCCACCCAUCAAGGCCAAGAAAUCUAACUGGAUUGCAGACAGGAUGAAGAAGCUAAUAAAACCCCGGGGAGGAGGAAGAGAGGGACGUGCCCUCUUCACCGCCGCGGGCAGCGUGUUUCACAAAGAUAUGCUCACCCCAUCAAGCGAGGCUACGGCGUUAAGCUGUUCUUCUUCACCAGAACAAAACCCACGCAGUGCUCCAGUAUCUCCCUCUCCCAUGAGAAAAUCUCAGUCCCACACGGAGCCGGACAUCUCCGUCCCCGGGACUCCAACCAUGCGCUCUGGCUCCAGGGGCCGUCGUAAGUUAGGAUCCCGUCAUGGCUGGGGGCUGGGUUUGGCCAGAGGAGGCUCUGGAGUUUCCCAAUCCUUCAGUCCUGGUGACAACAAGACACCUCCCCGCGUACGGUUGCACUCCAGUCAGAACACCUCCAAUGUCCUCUGGGAAGGAGAGAGAGGCGAACCAAACUCACCCCGGGCAGCAGAGUCACCGCUGAUCAGUCCGGAGCCUGCUGAGGAGGAAGAAGGGAAAGGGUGUGAUCUCCAACUUCCAGAAAAUCAAAACUCCAGUGACGACACCGCAGCGGCUUGAGAAAGAACUACAGUACACUCAAAUCUCAAUUAAAAGAAAAAUCUAAUGUUUUAUAUUAUGUGCUUCUUGAAAACUGGUUUUGUAUCGCCUUUUUUAUAAAUAUCAAAUUAUUUUAGUUUUUUUGAAUUCAUGAAUAAACAUUGUCAUUGAUUUCCAGUGUUAAGUUGUGAAGAAAUUAACCACCUGAUACUGACACAGACACUCAACAAUGUCACAGAAUAUUUAAUGGAAUUAAAUAAUGAAAAUGGAGUGUGAAAAGAAGUCCUUAAGCUUUAUACUGAGCCUUUUCCUUUAACCUCCAAUAAGAUGGUUUAAAAAAAAAAGCAAAAUAUGUCCUUUAGUUGAUAUUUUUUCUUAAAUUCAUCUUUCACCAGUUACUGUAAAUUAUUUUUCAGUUUCAUAUUCAUUGAUGUACCCAUUGCCUAUUUUCGCCACAGAACGAUUUUACUAAUACAUACGACAUAGAUGUGUCCACAUACAGUAUGACCGGAGCAGGGUCGGUGUGUGAGCAUCAGUCUUUUUAACAAGUGAUAAAGCUGUUCAGUGGUCAUGGUAACAUCGCUAACCCUGGGCUGGACUGUUAGCUGAAUGGUAUCAAAUGCUGCGCCUCGCUGGACACGGGGUCCACCAUUUCUCUGGUGCGCCUGGGGACAUUGCUGGGGACGGAAGGGCCAAGACCCCAGAAGUGGAGGGCCACCAAACGCUGCAUUACCACAGUCACUGGCAAAAGUGCAAAGAUGUGGGGAGAGAGGACGCUUAGAGUGACUGUUACAGGUCACACCAUUGAGCACCAGUAUUUAAAAUCCAUGCAUCAUUGGCCUUGACCUGCUGGCAGAGCGGGGGUCGUGGGUGGAUGUGCCUGGGGCUACGCUCUGCCGACAUAUACAUGUUAGCCAACUUCUUGCACAUCUAGAAAUAAGAAAACCACAUCUACAUCAAAUUUGAAUCCUUUAGAUACUUUGACUGAUCUCCAUCUCUGACAUUCCAAACCAGUGUUAACCCUGGUUUUGCCUCGUUCUACCCUGUACUUCCCUUAGCCAUCACCAAGCAUAGCCUCCGGGGUUGAUGUGGACUGUCCUGCUUUGUUUUUCCACUGUAUCUUCCUUCCGUAGGUCUCUGUUUGGAGGAUGGAGGGGCUGCUCCUCUCUCACACACGCAGUCAGCUGUGUGUUUACACACAUUGCUUGUAAUGCUAAUGCUUGAGGUGUGAAGACAUGGACAUUUAACCAAUCACCACAUCUGCUCUGCGCACAUGCACCCCAUGCUCCCAUGUGGUCCUGGCACUGGAUUUUAGUACUACAUCCUGAGAAGUGCUGAAAUUUAGCCUCCAGAAUACAGCUACAGUGUAGUGGAAACAAACACAGAACCCAUGCUGAGUGUUACUUUGUGUGACAUGUUUCGGUAGGUUCAAAUAAUGGAAAACCCCCUUUUCUGUGCUACAGAACAUGGCCUCUUGGGUCUGACAGGUCUGCUCCCAUUCUGGGUUGUAUCUGCACAGAUAGCCUCCACUGUCUGUCUUUGAAAUGAGCCUUACUGCUUUGGAAAAGCAUUUUAUAACCUCGGAUCACCAGGGGCAUGUAAGAAGUGCAAUAACAACAGUGGCCAAAGAGUGAGAGAAAUAAGCACAAGGCUUGAAGAUAGCAAAGUGGGGUCGGGCCUUAGUACAGCAGGCAGAAAACACUUCUAGACAAUUUUUUACUUGAUUUAUCCGAAUUUGUGCUAAAUCGUAGUUAAUGCAGCUUUAAGCAAAAAAAAAAAGGAAAAAUUCAUGAAGUCAUCUGCAGUGGAGGCAGAACUGAGGGUCAGAUUUAUUCUGGAAGCAACAUUAAUAUGCAAAACUACUGACAAACUUCCUUGUAACCCCUGGAUCUGAUUUGUGGACAGUGGAAUAAACAUGCAGAAACCCUGACAUCUGGUUCACAUAUGGUUGAAAAUCCUGUUUCAUUUUAGGUUUCCCCUGCAAAGCCAAUCAUUGAUCUAGUGGCAAAUUAUCUGCACUAGUGCUUUAGUGAGAAUCUGCCUUAACUCCAUUCACUGUUGCACCAAACGGUGUCCGUGGAGUGCCAGCCAGGCCUCUGCCAACAGACAGACAGACGAAUAGAUGAGGAGGGUAAAUUAGCAUGCAGCUCUCCAAAUGAGCAGACCCAAGAGUUUACCAUGAAGCUAAAAGGGCCCUCUAAUAAGACAGGCAGCAUCCAAAGAGCUUCUGCCUCCCAGAUUAGGAUGAGGAUACAUCAGCAUUUCCAGCAGCAGUUGUUUUUGUGUAUGUGUGAGACAACACUAAGGAUAAUAGCAGGCUGUAGCUCUUUCUCUCCAGCCAGUCCUCUUCAAACACAUCCUGAAUUAUGAUUUGCAAAUGAUAAACGGAUUGCUAAUACAACUCAUGAAUUAUGUAGUUGUCAUGGUGACAUUAAUCAGAAAGCAGGCCCCUUCUCUCAGCUCUGAACAUUGUGUUUGUGGAAUUGAGAUGCAUGAAGGGGGCUGCACACCGAGCUGUCUAAGUGAGUGCAGGGCAAAGCGAUAGUAAGAUAUUGGUUCUGCCAGUCACUCAGAGGCUUAUUAUGAGUGCAAUGCAACAAUCGUGCCCUGAAGCACACAGACAGGCAGCACUCACAGACAAAAAGUGAAGGGUAAGGCUUUAAACUCUCAGCUGAAGAGCCUUGUGGUUAGCUAUGCAUGCAGCAAGAGCUUUCACAGGUCAUUUUCCUCCAUUUAUAACCCUCAGCGCAUUAACAAGCAAUUCUUAAAAAGGGGCACUUGAAAAGGAGGAUGAAUAAAAAUCAGGAAUGUACUUUGUUUGCUAUAAGACCCUUUAUUCAGUAUGAUCUGAAGGUAGGCUUUGUUCAUACAAGCAUAGCAAGCAGCAGCAACAACAAAUCAGUCAAAAAAAGCCUUGGAGAAAAAAAAUAGUGAGAGAAAAGUCUUUUCACAAAAUGAGUGAUUAAGUGCCAUCUCCAUUCCCGAUUCCUAAAGCGAUGAAUGAUGGAUGGCUGCCUCGGUUGACAUCACAGUCGGAUCUCAAGAGUCUGCUCAGCUGCUUAAUUAUUGAGCACCUGAGGGGUGUGACACUACAGCAAAAUCACUUCUCCAGUGCUCCUUCUCGGUGUCUUUAGCCUUCUUCCCUCCCCUUGUAAAGAUCUCUUCUCUCUGGUCUUCUCUUUUUCCUGUUUCUCACUGAAGGCUUCUCUUGCACCUCUGUGGCCCAUGUAUCUUUCCUCAUCAUCCCCCUUUACCCAUUUAACCUCCAGUCCUUUAUGGAGCUAUCAAACUUUAAUGACCGUCUUACUAAAUACCCUCCAGCAACCAAAAACCUCACUUAAACCACUUAGUCCACUAACUGAACAAGUUGGAUAUUUUAAACACUUAAGAGGUGCAUUAGAUUUUAGUUUAGUCCUGCUGCUUGCUUCUGAGAUGAAUCUGUACAACCACAGAAUCCAAAUCAAGCUGUUUUUUUAAGGGGGGGUUCUUUUCUUUCUGCAGUCUGGCUGUUUUGGUUAAUAUUAUUAUUUAUUAACCACAUUUUGGGUUAAUAAAUUCAUGGAUUGUUGUCAGGAGUUCUUCUCAGCACAGGCCCCUUGGCUGGGCAGGCAUUGAGUCAAGGCAGCGGUGAGGUGAUCUUUGAUUGAGAAGUGGUGCUGUAAUUCAAUUAAUUAUAUUUAGCUCCAGGCACAGGGAGGGAAUUGCUGAGAUGGAACACAAUAUAACUAGUUGGAGUACACGCACACACCAGCUGACCCUGCAACCUCACCUCCUCACAAAACUGUCAAAAUUGCUGUGCUUUUACCAGGCUUUUACUCAAUGAGGUUAGCCCAAAGGUGAGUCUGGUCACCUAUAACUUCCCUCCGUCUGCCUCCACCCAUCUCUCUAGCCCUUCAUCUUUACCCUUUUCUCUACCAUUUCACCCUCUUCCUCUCUCUCUCCUUCAUCCGAGUUCAUUUCGAGUUUGUCCCUGCUGCUUUCCUCCCCCUCCUCCCCCAUGCACUUGCUUUCUCUCCCCUAGUGUAUUAAGGGGCUUUGACGCUCUCAGUAAAAGCUGAUUUAUUCUCUGGGUGGUAUUGAUCGGUUUCUGCAUUAAAGAUUAUAAUUCAUUACCCCAGCCCCUUUUAAUACAUUAAACACUCAAAAUAAAAAUAAAAUAACCCUCCUCCACCCAGACUCCCCGUGUCCCGAGGGUGCGGGGAAAACACUCCUGUCGAGACGUCCGGCCUGUCAUUCUGGGGCCCAGACCUGUGUGUCUGUCUGUGCGUCUUACUCACACUGUGGGGGCCGCAACCUUUUUACACAAUCACACUGAGGGGACUCAGGACCAGGUGCUAGUCCCCACAAAAUAAAUCUAAAUUUUGGUGUGACAGCGCAGUUAGGCAAGGCCAGGGUUUGGGAAGUAGUGCUUAAGGUUAAGGUAAGUCGCAAGGAAAUGAAUGCAAGUCACUGCAGUGCUGGAAAGUAACUAAAUACAUUUACUCAAGUACAAUUGUGAGCUAUCUGUACCUCACUAUUUUCUAUUUUCUGCUACUACGUACUUUGACUUCACUACAUUUCAGAUUCAAAUAUUGUACUUUUUACUGCACAACAUUUAUUUGAUAACUUCAGUUACUUUUCAGAGUCAGGUUAAUAAUAUACACUAUAAUCAUAACAC